CCUCCCCUGCUGACGGUGGAGAUAUGUUCCAGCCCAGGGAGCUCAGGAGGAGAUCCAGGAGCCUGGGGCCUCCUGUGUGCAGCAUCCGGCCCUUUAAGUCCAGCGAGCAGUAUCUGGAAGCCAUGAAGGAAGACCUGGCCGAGUGGCUGCGGGACCUCUACGGACUGGACAUAGACAGGGCCAACUUCCUGCAGGUACUAGAGACGGGUCUGGUGCUGUGCCGGCAUGCCAACGUUGUCACCGAGGCUGCCUUGGACUUCCUGGCUGAGGCUCCUGCUCAAGCCCAAAGAAUCCCUGUGCCCCAGGCUGGAGUUUUCUGCAAUGGGGCCGCCCAGCCGGGCACCUUCCAGGCACGAGACAAUGUCUCCAACUUUAUCCAGUGGUGUCGCAAGGAGAUGGGCAUCCAAGAGGUACUGAUGUUCGAGACGGAGGACUUGGUACUACGCAAGAACGUGAAGAACGUGGUGCUGUGCUUGCUGGAGCUGGGCCGUCGGGCCUGGCGCUUCGGCGUCGCGGCGCCCACCUUGGUACAGUUGGAGGAGGAGAUCGACGAGGAGCUGCGGCAGGAGCUGGCGCUGCCCCCACCGGACCCGCCGCCGCCCAAGCCGCCCGUGCGCCGGGCCUGCCACUUCCACAACCUGGACCAGAUGGUACAGAGUCUCAUGAGUCACUGCACAUGCCCAGUUCAGUUUCCCAUGGUCAAGGUGUCCGAGGGGAAAUACCGUGUCGGGGACUCUAACACCCUCAUCUUCAUCCGGAUCCUCCGGAACCACGUGAUGGUGCGUAUAGGUGGUGGCUGGGACACACUCAGCCACUACCUGGACAAACAUGACCCCUGCCGGUGCACAUCCCUCUCACACAAGCCAGGAAGCUUCCCGAAGUCCCCAGCCCCACCGGUGCAACACGAAGUGAGGGUGCAGGAUGGGCCCUCGCAGCUCCAGCCCACGAUGACCAUCAGUCGCUCCCAGAGCCCACUGCCCCCUGUGGACUGGAAGACAUAUACCUCUUCAGGCCGAAAGCUGACGCUACCUACUUCUUCUUCCCCCAGCCCCUGUAAUGAACGGGGAGCAGGGAUGGGGGUCCUCAGAGAUACGGCAACACCCUUGAGGUGCCAGGAGAGGCUGCUCACCCCAUCUCGGAGGCAGCUGCCAGCUGAGGACAAUCCACCCAGCCUCCAGUCCUCAUCCACCCACAGGGGCCAAGACGCGCAGUUCAGCUCCUUGGGGAGGAGGGAGGACAGGCACCUUUCUGAGUUCCAAAGAGGGAGAACUCGUAUCUCUUGGGCCCAUGAAGAGAUAAACAGUCAGGGAACCCGUGGCAGGACUCCCACCCCCCGGAGACUCCAAUCCCCUGAAGUGACCACCAAAGGGACACCAGCAAGAGGACCAUCUCCCCUGCCUCGUUCUUCCAGCCCAAUCAAGACCCUGAGCAUCAAGCAGCCACCUCAGGGUGAGGCUCCGGGGGCUUCCCUCCAGUACAGGGAAUCAGGAACCAUCUGUUCUCCAUCCCCUGAUAGAGGGUCCACCAAGAUCCCCAUCCAGUGGCUCUCUUCCUGUCCUCCCACUCCAGGAAGCAGCUUUCCAGGUGCUGCAAGUGCAGUCCCCAUGACAGAACUGGAGGGAGGUCCCAGCCUACUGAGGGCCUUGGCUGGGGACAGACACCUGACUGGGUCUAGACAUGGGGACUACUCUGUGAAGUGGGAACAAAGGGACCAGAAGUUAGACACCCGAGUUACAUCAGAAGCAGGAGAGCCCCGGGGACGGAGUCCUUGGGAGUGGGAAGGAGGGAACACGCUUCAGCCCCUGUACAGGACCAAGGAACAAGCCAUCAACCAUAGCCCUGAAGAGAUUUUGGCCAACAUGAAGCUGUUGGACUCAGGGGGUGCUGGUGGUCCCCGGGGCACUGGGCCUGGGGCUAUCCCUCGUAGUGGAGUUUAUGUCCCCAGCCUGGGUGGACGCUGGCCAGAGCCUGGGGGCCCUUAUGACAAAGUCAUUCAAGAAUUGGCACAGGGUCCCCUACCCCUCCUUAAAGUAGACCUGGGAGCCUGGGGGGCAUCCCCUACAGGAUCUCGUAAGCCAAAUGUUACUCUAAACUCAGGAAGCCCAAAAGGGGAGCUGGGAGUCAAAGAGGGUGGGCCAAGGCCUAAAACAACCCUGAGUGAUGAAGGCACUUUGAUAGGGACUGUGCCACCUCAAGGACAGGACUGUCCAUCCCAUACUCGAUCUACCAGCCUGGAGGUCCCCAAACCUUUGCCCUUAGACCCCAAUUCUGACAAAGCUAAGGCAUGUGCAAGCAAGGGCAAGAGAACACUCCGGAAGCCUCAGAGAGUCCCGUCUAUCUAUAAGCUGAAGCUGAGGCCCAGAAUUCGACCCCGGAGGGAUCACAGGCCUGAGAAGCAGCCUUCACGAAUCCCCAAGCCGCUGGCCUACCUCCACCUGGGUCCAGCCAGGACACCCACUAGGUGCAGGCUGUCAAGGGCAACACUGGGCAGCAAAGGAGAGGAGGCAUCCCCGGUGGAUGGGGCCUUUGAGGGGGAAAAGGAAGCUGAAGGAAAGGAAAAGCAAGAAUCCAUCACUGUUUUGGAGAGCAGCCCUCGAUCUCCUGAGGACCUGAGAUCUCAGCAGCUUGACCAAACCGCACACCCACCUGAGGAGGAGACCUGGGUCUAA